AUGGGAGGCGCGGGAUGGGCGCGCGGCGAAGCGCGCGUAGCUGAUGACUCCGACUUCGAAGCACUCAAGAAACUCCUCGCCUCCGAAGUAGGCUGGACCCUGGAGUACGAGAAAGAAGGCGUCAAAGUGUGGGCAGAGGAUGCGGCUCACGGCGCGCUUAGAACUGUCAAGGUGGUGGCAGAGUUCGAGGAUGUGGAGCCGGACGCCCUGUAUGAUGUUCUCCAUGACCCAGAGUACAGGUCUGUCUGGGACACCCACAUGCUGGCCGCUGAAGACGCCGGCCAUAUUAACGUUAACAACGACGUCGGGUAUUAUGCCAUGUCAUGCCCAGCGCCUCUCAAGAACCGUGACUUCGUGCUGCAGCGGUCGUGGCUGGACACGGGCGACGAGAAGAUGAUCCUCAACCACUCCGUCUUCCACAAGGACUAUCCGCCGAGGAAGGGUUAUGUCAGAGCCAUGUCACUGCUAACGGGGUUCGUGGUGCGCACGCGAGCUGGUGCGGGCAGCUGGCUGGGCUACGUCUCCCGGUCUGACCCCAGGGGAGCACUGCCUGCGUGGCUCGUCAACAGGGUAACAGCCCAACUGGCUCCUCGCCUAGUGCAGCAGCUACACGCGGCUGCUCGUCGGUACCCUGGCUGGAAGGCGCUGACAGACCUGCCGUACCACAAGCCCUGGAGACACCCGGAGCAAGUCCCGCCGCAUAGAAUCUCGUUAGCUGAUUGCGUAGACCCCGACGCGCCACCACCACCCGAAGAGCCAAAGCCAGACACAUCAAAAACCAAGCUAGAAGUACCAGCCAAGGAGAUUGAAAGCCACAGCGUCGAAGACUUAGGAGACAUCUCUUCAGAAUUCAGCGUGGAAGUUGAGGAAGACACCUUAGAUCAGACCCAGGACCCAAAGAAAAAAGGCAAGUUCUACAAGCUAGUUAAAUCUAUGAAGAAUAGGAGGAAAAGUGUGCAAGUAGCCAAGAGUGCUGAUAACCUUGCUGACAAGCCGGUGGAAGAUCGCAUGGAGAAGAAGAAGGGGUUCAAGUUUCAUAGGAGAUUCAGUCUCAGUAGGGGAAGGGAGGAUUGAGCUUAUAUGCGUUGUGAAUUAGGUAAUGAGUAGGUAUUGGGAAGAUUGUGAACCAUGUGAAAAAAGGUAAAAUUGAGGCCAUUCAUAAGGAUAAGUAAUAAAAGUAUAUAUAUAUAUAGGGCCUCUUUCACCACCCUCGAGUAAAGUAUUGAGUAGACUAAUCGCCUGUUAAAGUCACCCGUAACUGCACGUGUCAAUUUCACGAUGUUGGAGUAGCACUAAUCAUAUGAUUAAACUGACUCGUAACUUACUUGCCGCGUCUUCUACUGAUUAGCGUGUUUACUUGACAGUUAAAUAUUGCAGCGUUUAGAUUAUUGAAAAUUUGCGUAACUGUUGAUUAAAAAUGGAUUUAUUUGAUUUAAUUGAUCAUCAAUCGGAUGAAUUUGAUUAUUUAACCUUGCAACGGAUACCGAGGAUUCUUGUAUUUAAAAUCCGUGUUGAUUAUUUUACGGACUUAGAUGAAACUGAUUUUUUGGCUAGAUUUCGUCUAUCGAAGCUUGCAGUGAACCAAGUGCAUAACUUAAUAAAACAUAAAAUAGUUUCUAAAACGCAAAGGUAAGUAUCAUUUUUUUAUAAAAAUAAAAUAAGUUAAAUGAUUUUACUAACAGAUAACCUAUCAAAUCAUAAUUAUUAAUUUUACACCUUACAUAUAAAAAUUUAAUACGAUGUUCUCUCAAUAACCUACAUUAGUAGGUACCUAAGUACUUAUCUAACAAACAAGUCUUGUUUUCAAGAAUCAAGCAGUUUCAACAAAAACAAGCAUGCUGUUAACAUUAAUCUCGCAACUGGAUCCUACUUAAGAAGUGACAAACCAAAAAAAACACAACAAAAACACCACACGAAAUGAAAUGACAAAUGACAGCUAACCUGUCAAUGACGUUUGACGAGUAACGUUGACGUAAUUUUGAACGAAUGUAACGUAUGAUUUGUUACGUCAUUCACUUAACCGGCAAGUAGUUACUCGAAGCUUGAUUUUCGCUUGUGAAAUUGGUAGAAGAUACUCGUAAGUUUUACUUGCCAGUUAACGUUAAUUGGCAAGUAACUAAUCAACGCUUUACUUUGAGAUGGUGAAAGAGGCCCUAAGACGUAUUAACUAAUUUUGGGUUCUUGACGACGUCAUUCUGAAUUAUUAACCUCAAGAUUUUAUUUAUUUCUUCAGAAAGGGACUCUAAACUACACUACUACGCUACUUUAACCUCCCCACUCAGAAACAUUUAAUCACUCCUUAGUGACGGAAUGUCAUACAAAUCCUUCACUAAGGAAUGGCUAAAGUAACCAUUUAAUGUCUCUGAGUGGGGAGGUAAAUCCUGAAGUUGGCUGUAUUACUCAUAUGGUUCACAGUCGGCUCGCUGUUGUUUAAAAAGUCAGUUGGUUCCCUCGAAAUGCCAAAAAUACUGCAGUUGUUGAUGUUAAUCUUCUACCGUUGAAGUGCAGAAGCCAGCAUAUCAAGCUACUCCAAUCUGUCAAUCAAUAAUGAACCUAAUCCUUUGGAGAUAAAGUUGAAAGUCUAUUGAAGAUAGUGUCUCGUGAUAACUCGGACGGUGACCAAAACUAUAAUAUGACCUUCUCCCGGGUCUAAGCUACCUCCUCUCUAAUUUUCAGCUUUAUCGGUCCAGUCGUUACUGCGUGAUGGCGUGA